AUGCCUAGUAGGAGAUCCACAGCUAGAGAUGUUAAUUAUGCCGAGCACCAUGAAGAGGAGCAAGAACAAAACCUGGAUACCGAUUCAACGGAACAAAUAGUAAAGAGAAGACACUUGAAUGAAUCUCCACAAAAUUCUAAUAAAGAUACCAACAAUUCUACUUCUACUUCUUCGAAAUUAAAAAUGAAGAAUCUGUCCACAAUAUCAUCAAAUGGCUCGAGUCAACAAAAAUUCAAAUACCAAAAAUUCCUAACUGACAAAUCUCAAAAAUGGAACCUCAUCCCGUUAUUACCCCCAUCAUUUAGGAAGGAUAGUCGGUUUUCUAACAUUUUAGAGUUGGAUGAUGCACUAAUUGACUUGUCCACUCAUACUUUAUACAAUCCGGAAACUGUACUAUUAGAAGUCAAUGAAUCAAUAUACAUGGUCUCAGAGCCUCCCGGGGAACCAUAUUACAUUGGUAGGGUUGUAGAUUUCGUAGUAAAACCAGAGUUCAAAACUAUGAUAACAAAGGCCAAAUCAAUGACAAGCAUAUUUCCUGCAAAAUAUUUCAAUGUGCGAAUGAAUUGGUAUUAUAGACCCAGAGACAUUCAAGAACGAGUCCCGACUUAUUUUGACACAAGAUUAGUAUAUGCAUCGUUACACCAAGAUAUCUGUCCCAUUGGAUCAUACAGAGGGAAAUGUACUGUGGUCCAUAAAGAUGAAUGGAAGAAAACUCUACCCAAGGAAAGUGAAUUAAUUGUGAGACCCAACGUCUUCUAUUUCGAUCAAUUAUUUGAUAGAUACACUCUGUCAUAUUAUACAGCUUAUAGCACUGAUUUAAUGCUACAUAAUUGGGAUAGUACCUCUUCCUACCUAUAUGCGCUGAAUAAAAAGGUUAAUUUUGUUUAUGCAGAGACGAAGUACCCAUUGGAAAACAUAGUGAAAAAAUACAUCUUGGAAGCUGAGCCAGAAAAAGAAAAAUCACCAACAGAUAUCAAGGAAGAAAAUGAUUGGGACGAAAGGUGUCAGCUUUGUAGGGAAUGGUGUCAGUUAACCCAAUGUUUGAAAUGUGAUGAGUGCGCAGCGUCAGUGCAUUUAUAUUGUCUAGACCCACCUUUGGAGAGGAAACCUAACAAAGACGUGGUGUGGGUUUGUUUUAACUGUUUAAAGAAACAAGAGGGUACUCCCGAAGCACUCAAAAAUUUAAAAGAGGAACAGGAACUUGACCAAAAAUUUAUUCAAGAUACAAAGUUAAAAGUUAACCAGGUAGCUAUGGAUGCCAUACAUUCAGGUAUUGACCACAAUAAAGAUAACUGUUGGUUUCAAUAUCUAGGCCAGCAUAUGGUCUCCCGUAUGGAGGAUGUUUUAGAUGAAUCAUUAUUUUUGCCCUAUCCGUUUAAAUGUUCUAGAGUUGGGGUUAAAUAUCAAUGGUCAGAAUCAUUAGUACCAUGGAAAAUAAAACCUUAUAAUUCAGAAAAUGAGUUGGAAAGAGGUACAGAAAAUACAGCCACUUUACUAUGGAAAUUUGAUCCUUCUAGGAUAUCCCUGUUAGAAUUAGAAUCUUACUUUCAGAGGUGUAAAGAAGCAAUCCCUAAAAACUUAUCAAUAGAGCCAGAAAGUUGCAACUUUCUAGAUUAUGUGAUACAAAUAUUGGUGACAAAUGAAUAUGAUACAGAAACAUCUUUCAAAGCUGUUGAAGCGAACGCCACAAGAGAAUUAUUAGAGGAGCCAACAUUUACGUCAGCAGAAAUGCAGAGGUUUGAAAGUGCUGUUAGGAAAUAUGGUAGCCAAUUGAGGCCAGUGUGGAAGGAAGUUGAAACACAACCUAUGUCUAUGAUUGUUCGUUUCUACUACAAUUGGAAGAAAACAACAAGGGGGUUGCAAGUACGUGGAAAAUCACAUAAGAAAAUUCAAUCCUCUAAACGUAUUCAGAAGAAGCAUGAACAUGGGAUGACAAAAAUAGACCAUCUUCCCGAAGAGCUCGAGCACAUCAAUAAACCUGCCCCCCAGCAUACUACAGAGCCAGAAUAUAAAUAUAUUGAUGACUCCUCAUUUGAGACGGAGAGACUAUCUCUUUCAGGUACUAUUUUUAAAUGUCUAUUUUGUGAAACAAAUUAUUCUCCAAUGUGGUAUAAAGUUACCGGUGGAACGGAUGAUGAACAUAUCAAGACUAGACUUCAAACAGGUGUAAAUGAGAAAACUGAAACAUCUGAAAAAGACCCAUCAUCAAAGAAAGAUGAUUCCCCCUUGGGAGCACUUUGUAUUAGAUGUGCAAGACUUUGGAGAAGAUAUGCCAUUAAAUGGCAGCCUCCCUUAGAUAUUUUAAAGAAGCUCGCGGGAACCAGUAUGUCAACAUUUCAUUCAAAUAUUGGAGCGGUCUUGGAAGAGUCAAACAUUAAUGCCUUUUUUUCUUCUCCAAAAUUGGCACAUAUGAAAGGAUUAGAAUGGGAACUAGUUCAAGAUUCAGAAUUAAUUACAAGACAAAGAUUGAAGAUAAUGCAAGAUCCAAAGGAGAUUCAAAAGAGGAGAAGAUAUGCCACUAGAUUUCAUACAUUGCUCUAUAGAAUGGUUGAAAGACCGUAUGAUAAAAAUGCAUAUUUGCCAGAAACAAUGAAGAUCGACCUAGAAGAUUAUUUGAAAAAAGUGGCAGCUGAGACUCCAUCUGCGGAAAACAGUUCACCUCCUCCAAAAAGAGCUAUUUCCGAGUCGAAUACAAAAAAAAGUAAAGAAUCUAUUUUCACUCAACCUAAGAAUAAGAAAACUGAUCAAAAGACUAAAAAGAAGGACCAGUCAAAAGAUGUCAAAAAAUCAGGUCAGGAGACUAUGGGUAAUGCCGAAAAUAAUUUGAAGAUAAAACUAUAUAUAAAAAAUAUACCGGUAGGAGAUAUCUCGGUAGAUCAAGGCUUUCAGUUCAUUCAAUUAGAUAAUGAAAUCCUCAAACUUUUUAACCUGAAAAAGAAAAAGAAUAAAGUUGCAUCCAAUAAAACAGAACAAAUUGCGGAACCCAAACAAAUCGAGUUUAAUACAUCUACCACUCAGGCCAAACAUACUCUACGAUACCAUUCAGAUAUAUUAAGUAACGAGAACGACACAAGCAGUGAGUUAAGACUUUACGAGAGAGAAGCUCAAUUCACUCAGAAUAAUACGAUAUUACCAAAACCUGAACGCUCAGAACUGGAAAAGUUAAUAAACCACGAGAAGAGUGCUCAUAAACAGCCAAACACUAAUCACGAGAGGGGAUUUUGCUGCGUAUGUAAAGAACAAUUAUCAAGAGCUGUUGCAUUAACAUGCCGAAAUUGCGGCCUUACUGUUCACCCAACUUGCUACGGUGUUUCAUCAAGUAUAACUGAGGACAAAAAAAUAUUCUCCAAAAAAUCAAGUAAAUGGAUUUGCGACCCUUGCUCUAAUGACCUUAAUCCACUGGUUUCAACCAACUAUCAAUGCACCUUAUGUUUUGCCAAAGAAUCUGAUUAUAAUGCGUCAAAAAAUGGGGAGUCGCAAGCCUGUCCUGAUGCAUUAAAGUGUACUUCAACAGGAAAAUGGUGCCAUGUUGUCUGUGCUCUUUUAAACGACAACGUCAAGGUGGGUGAUUCGUCUCAACUGCAACCGAUUAGAAAUUGUGAGAGAGUACUUUUUUUAAAUCGAUUGAAUUCUUGCGACAUCUGUGAACGGACUGGGGGAGGCCUUGCUCGAUGUGAUCUUUGCCUUAAAUCAUUUCAUGCAACAUGUGCACAAGACGUCAAAGGAUAUAGCGUUCUGUUCAAAAAAGCAAAUGUUAAUGAAGACUAUAUGGGUCGAUAUAUCUUAAAUGCUGAAGAAAACGAGCGGUAUGUUCUAAAACCGAUUAUUAUAUGCAGAGAUCACGCACCUGAUUCAUUGCCUGAAAAAAAUUAUUUCCCACUGAGCUAUCAUAUGGGUAAUCAAUUUAUGAUGGAAUUGUACUGGAAUGCUUUUAAGGAAGACACCUCUUUAAGCGAUGUUGCGUCUCGUUAUGAGGAAGAAAAACUCCUUCAAAGGCAACCAGACGCUAUGCUAGUCAACUGCAAAGAAGAUGGUUUAUCUUGUGAUAAUGUUGCAGAUAUCCAAGAUACCCGUAUUUGCAUGAAUUGCGGGACGGAUACUAGCAUAUUUUGGUAUGAAGGGAAUGUUUGUCAUUUCUGUUCAUGCCUCAAGGCUCAGCUCGAGGAUGAUACCAAUUCUGCUGAAUAUAAAAUUCCCGUGAUUGUUCCAAUCCCAAAUGAUGUCAAACUUUCGUUAUUAGAAAAUGUCGCCAAAGAAUCGACAAAGACCAUAUAA